AUGGCUCCCCUACUGCUCAAAGUCAAAGGCAACAAGUCCUUCAGCCCCUUCUCCAACCUGCACGAUGAAGAGUCUUUGACACGCACAUGGCGCGUAUGCACCAAGGUCGCCGCCCAUCUCGAACAGGGUCAACGUCUCGAGAACCUCAGUUGGAGGCUAUGGUACCUCCACGACCUCAUGGUAGAGAAUGACGAUGUCAAGAGCAGGCGCGACUUCAAGAAGCUUUCCAAAAGCACAGGAGAGAAGCUCGACCGUGACAAGGGUCGCGCCAUUGGCGAACUCACUGCUCCGCCUUUCCGCAAGACCGACUCCGGCGAAGCACUCCGCCAAAAGGCCGUCGAGCGUCAGAAGCUUCGCGCCCUCGCCGUCGCCAAGCUCCAAGGCAAGUUCCGCAGUGGUGGCAAGCAAAGCAUGAAGGAGAUGCAGCACACCUUCGCGCUCGACCCCGCCGUCAACUUUAAGCAGACUACUGUUGGAAACAAGGACGCAUCCAAGGAGUACGCACAGAUGCAGCGCCAAAACGGUCCUGUGGGCACCACCAGCAAAUUCCCGCUCACCCUCUCGCCUCAGUCUUCUUUCAGCAACACACGCAACGAUGCUUUUGCAUCGACGUUCGAUACGCAGACCGACACGAGCAUGCUCGACACAGCGGGUAGCUUCGACCACAUCAUGGCCAGUGCUGGGCUAGGAGAUCUGGGCACCGCAUCGGGCGGGUACAGGCUCGAAGACAUCGAAGCGGCCGAGCGAGACCUGCUCCUCAAUCAUCAUAUCGACCUCGAUGCUCCCCUUGACAGUCUGCUUGCAGGGCUAGGCAACAUGGAGGAUGUGCAGAUGGAUUUGGCAGAUCUCGGUUUGCCCGUCACCGACUUGCCCAACUUCAACGCUCCCUUCGACCAGAGCGUGUCCGAAAUGCUUGCACCCCAGAAUCUAUCGACGGCUGCUUCGACUUCCAACCGUCCGACAGGACCAGCCAAGCUGAAGCAAAUCAAGAGGAAGAAGACCGACCCCCAACCACAAAAGGUGGCAUCAGAGCUCGCAAGGAAGAAGGCAGAAGAACUUCGAACCAUGCGCAAACUGGCAGAACAGACUCAGCGCACGCACAUUCAGAACACCUCGAGGCCCGAGUCGAAAGAAGGAUCGCCGGAGGGAAGCGUGGGAAGCAGUUGGAGCGUACCGAACGGCGAAGCCCAGCCUGACUGGCUCAAUUCGGCCACGUCGCUGUACGGCACCAACCUUGGUCACUCUCAGAGCUUGCCGGAGGGUGCUCACCUGCCCCUGUCUGGGUAUGGCGCUGCCAACAACCUACACAUCGACACUUCAGUAUCAACCGUUCAAGCUGGUGCCAUGAGGCCGCCGCUCUUUGGUGCGCGCGGUACAUCGGUGUCUGUACCCACCACUCCCUUGCUCGCGCCCGAAGCUGGACCCUUCCAAGGUGCUGACCGACCCGUCGACUCGCUCUCGGCACCUUCGUCGCCGACUCUGCGGCCCGCUCUCGCCAACAUCGGCCGAUCGGGAUCGAGCCCUGGUCCGUCCACCAGUGGCAGCAACCUCAAAGCAGCCAUGAAGAGACACUCGACGGAUGGCGCCUUGAUCGGCGCCGAUGGCCUGCCCAAGCCCAAGGGACGUGGUCGUCGUAGCAUCGCCGGUUCGAUCGCCUUCACCGCCAUCAACCCGGACCUCAACAACAAGAGGCCAGAUGGUCUGCCGGCGGGGAGCAGCACACCCAGUGCCUCGUUCGCAUCCGGAAGUGCGCACCCCACGCAGGCGCAAUGCACUAAUUGUGGCGCCACAUCGACCCCGCUCUGGCGACGUGAUCCCAAUGACUUGCUGCUUUGCAAUGCCUGCGGUCUCUAUCUGAAGCUGCACAAGACACCUCGACCCAAGAGUCUCAAGAACCACCACAGUCACUCGCACUCGGGCCACAUCACGCCAUCUGCGACGCCGGGUGGCGCGUCUGCCCCUGGAUCCAGAGCCGGAUCGCCGUCGCGCCCCGGCUCGCCCAGCGCUGAGGACAUGAUGUCGUGCUUCAACUGCGGCACCUACACGACGCCGCUGUGGAGGAAGGACGAUGCGGGUCACACGGUCUGCAAUGCUUGCGGACUGUAUCUCAAGCUGCACAACGAGCAUCGACCCGUGACGAUGCGAGCCGACGUGAUCAAGAAGCGAUCGAGGUACGACGAGAAGCGAGGCCGCGCUUCGGCAGCCAGCUCCCGACGCACCUCGCCGCAACCGCAGAGCGCGACUUCGGCACCUGAUGUUUCCAUUCCGACCGGCUCGCUGCGGCUGGACGAGCCCAUGGCGGUCGACAAGCCGAAUCGGGCCAAGUCCAAUUCGGUCACCUUCCAGCUGCAGCCCGAGAUUCGAGGGAUCGACACGGCGUCAGCUUCGGCGCCGUCCGCGUCGUCCGUGUCGGCUCCAGGAUCCGCUUCUUUCCCUGGAUCUGGAUGGCCAUCGCUCGGCAUGGGAACGGAGAACAACCGUGGAAACCCGAACAUCGCACAUCAGCUCAACGAUGCCUUUGCCACGGCUGUCAACCGCUUUUCGACGGGUGUGCCUAUCCAGCCGCAGCAGCAACAGCAGCAACAGCCGAGCACAUCGCCCGUGCCUGCUACCACGGAAGGUGCCCCCUCCUCCUCAUCAGCACCAUCGCAGUUCGGCUGGUCCCCAUGGUCGCACCCGCAACAGCAACCGCAACAGCAACCAUCAGGCCCACCCUCCAUGUCCGGCUCGAACAGCACCCCGGCUUCAUCCACUGCAUCGGCCACCUCGCCGCCCAUCCCGCUCAACGUCACCGCCGCACCCGGCCAAACGGACAUCCAAACCCUCCAAGCGGCCUUCUCGGCCCACCCCGCGUUGGCAUACGCAGUGCACCAGGCGGCUGAAAAGUUCCCCGCCUUUUUCGCGCAGAACCCCAUGGGCGCUACCGCGUCCGUUGCUGCCGCUGCGGGGAUUCAUAAUCCGUUUGCGAGCGCGUUUCUGCCCCCCGGCGGCAACACUGGUGAGCCCGCGGCGAGAGGAGGGGAAGAGUUGGGCAACACCGUUGAGAUCGCCGGUGGUGUGGGUACGCCCAGCAAUCUAGGUGGGGACAGCGUCAUGUUGGAUCUGGCUACGCCUGGGUCGAUGGGUCGGCCAGGGAGCAGUAAUGGACCGAGUGGGAGGGAGAUGUUAGGGGAGAGUGUGGAUUUGGGUGAGGGGGGGACGCCACAGGGUGGCAGCUGGUGGUGA